UCAACAUUUUUAUGCAAUUGUAAAAAAAAAAACUUUAUUUAUGGUCUUGUAGUCUUGUUACUUUUUUCCCCAAUCUUUCAGGUUAGUUCCCAUGGAUUAUCUUUAUCUUAAUUUUAUCCAUUUUCUCCAUUCUUGAUUUAGUGUUCUUGCUCAUGGUUUUUUUUGAGCUGUUUGGCGAAAAAUCCAUUUCUAUAACUUUGUUUCAGAGCCAGCUGGGGACUUGAUGGCCAUGAAAAAAGUCUUACUGUAUAUGUAUUAAAGCUGAAGCAAUUAACUCUUGAUUAUAAACAAAAACAAUUUGGAUAAAUCUUGAUGUGUCGUAGUUAUGGAAAAUUACUUUGGAGUUGUCAAGGACGAUGAUCAGCAUCAUCAGAUGGAACUGCCAGCUGGAUUUCGAUAUCAAUUUCUUUGCUAUUGCUGUUGGUGCUGUAGAUUUGAACAAAACUGAACCUUGGGACCUCCAAUGUUGAGCCUUUUCAUUUAUUUGUUGGAAAUGGUUACUAAAACUCACUGGAGGCCAAAUGAAUAUCGUAAGGUUUUGAAGGACGACAAGUGUUUGUACCUUGGAUUGAUGAUUGUAGACAAGAGCCCAAAGAGGGUAUCACAUUCUCUGAAAGAGCCUCUACUAAGAAUUGCCCUUGUGCAUCUCAGUGUCUCCUUCAAAAUUGUUGAUAUUGAAAGUGAGUAUGACCUACUUUUCACACGUGCUUCUCCUUCCCCAUUACCGCUAUUUUCUAGUGGGUUUGGGAUUCAUCUGAGUUUCCUUAAUAAUUUGAAUGCAAUCGAUGGUUCAUUCAAGCUCAGCAGAUACAUCUUAGGUUGUGAUGCUUACACAGUGAAGGUCCUUCAAUAGUUCUAUACCAAUUCAAGAUUUGCUUCCAAAGGACCAAUACAUAAAUUAC